GGUGUGUGUGCGACUGUGUCUGCGUGUCGCGCACGCUAGUACGCUACGCUACCGGCUGCGGUGGCUCUCCCGAGUCGAAGUGGCAGCUCCCAGCCUCCCACGCGUGACCGUGAGAGGGAAGGGGGUAUUUAACAGACGGCGGGCCGAGGAUGCGAGCUCUCGCGGCAGCAGCAACUGCAGUGGCGGCGCCUACCCCCACGCGCCUCCGCCUCCCGCUCCUCUCCCGCACCCUGCGCUCUGCCAGGUCACUGUAGAAGCUCUUAUUCCUCCAGGCUCCUACGGUUCUCGUGCAGUGCCACCACCAUGGGAGAUGAGACCUCAACCUCGGUUGCUCCCCAGGAACAGGAAUCCACUGUGCAGGCUGGGAGUGUCAAGCAACAGCUCUCCGGGCUGGUCCUUAUGUCCCUCCGGGCUACUGUGCCUGAGGUGGAGGUAGAACCGAUGGUUGAAGUUUCAGCAAAGUUUGCUGACUACCAAUGCAACAAUGCUAUGGGAUUAUGGUCAAAGGUUAAAGGAUCUGGAACCAGUUUCAAAAACCCUAAUGCCAUUGGACAGGCCAUUGCCAAGAACUUGCCUUCUUCUGAUAUUAUUGAAUCCACAUCUGUUGCUGGACCUGGUUUUGUGAAUAUUGUCUUAUCAAACCGCUGGGUUGCACAGAGAAUACAAGACAUGCUCGUUAACGGUAUCAAGACUUGGGCACCAAUUCUUCCAGUAAAGAGGGCAGUGAUUGAUUUUUCAUCACCUAAUAUUGCAAAGGAAAUGCAUGUGGGACAUCUAAGGUCUACAAUUAUUGGAGAUACAUUAGCACGCAUGUUUGAGUUCUCGAAUGUUGAUGUUCUGCGAAGAAACCAUGUAGGAGAUUGGGGUACACAGUUCGGGAUGCUAAUAGAAUAUCUUUUUGAGAAAUUUCCAAAUUGGCAAGAGAUUGGUAGCCAGGCCAUUGGAGACCUUCAGAUUUUCUAUAAAGCAUCCAAGCAUAGAUUUGACAAUGAUCCAGAAUUUAAAGCAAGGGCUCAACAAGGAGUUGUUCGGCUACAGGGAGGAGAAGAGAGAUAUCGAGAAGCAUGGAAAAAGAUUUGUGACAUUAGCAGGAGUGAAUUUGACUUGGUCUACAAACGCCUAAAUGUGGUGCUUGAAGAAAAGGGGGAGAGUUUCUAUAAUCCUUAUAUUCCUCAAGUGUUGGAGGAAUUGAGUAGCAAAGGCUUGAUCAAGGAGAGUGAGGGUGCCAGAGUUAUAUUUAUUCAAGGUCAUCAGAUCCCCUUGAUAGUGGUUAAGAGUGAUGGUGGCUUCAACUAUGCCUCGACUGACUUGGCUGCCCUUUGGUAUCGGCUCAAUGUUGAGCAGGCAGAGUGGAUCAUAUACGUGACAGAUGUUGGUCAGCAGCAGCACUUUGACAUGUUUUUCAGUGCUGCAAAGAUGGCUGGUUGGCUGCCAGGUCCAAACGAAAAGAAGUUUCCGAAAACAAGCCAUGUUGGAUUUGGUCUAGUUCUUGGUUCAGAUGGCAAGCGGUUCCGAACGCGCAGUACUGAGGUUGUUCGAUUGGUAGAGCUACUUGAUGAGGCUAAAUCUCGGAGCAAAUCAGAACUACUACAACGGCUCACUGAAAAUGGCAAAAUUGUUGACUGGACGGAUGAGGAAUUAGAGCAAACUUCAGAGGCAGUUGGAUAUGGUGCUGUGAAGUAUGCUGAUCUCAAGAAUAAUCGUCUGACUAAUUACACAUUUAGUUUUGAACAAAUGCUGAGCGAUAAGGGAAAUACUGCUGUGUACCUUCAGUAUGCACAUGCUCGUAUUUGUUCCAUUAUUCGGAAAUCCAACAAGGAUGUGGAAGAUCUGAAGAUGACUGGAGCCAUUUCUCUUGACCAUCCAGAUGAGCGUGUGUUGGGGCUGUAUCUUAUCCGAUUUGCUGAGGUGGUUGAAGAGGCAUGCACGAAUCUGCUUCCAAAUGUUGUGUGUGAAUACUUGUACAAUCUAUCUGAAAUGUUCACAAAAUUCUAUACCAACUGUCAGGUGGUCGGGUCACCGGAGGAGACGAGCCGACUGUUGCUUUGCCAAGCGACUGCUGUUGUCAUGCGACAGUGCUUCAAUCUGCUAGGGAUCACCCCAGUCUACAAGCUGUGAUCGGCUGCAUGUUUGAAGUUUGAUUUAUACAUUCAACAUCGCUUUACGUAGAAACCCAUUCAUCAUGGUUGCAGUUUUGGCCUUGUAACCUAGUUGAGGCAGUUAACAGACUAUAAUCCAUCUCCCUGUUUGAAAAUAGAAGCAACUCAAAAGUUUGUAACAAAAUAUGCUCUGCAGAGUUUCUAUUGAUCCAUUACAUUACGUA